AGCUCUGGCCAGGGAGAGCUCAGCUUUCUGCCCAUUAAAGGAUUAAGUUCGCCACAAUGGUAAACAAUCCCUCCUGUUUCUUUUCCCUUGCAAUCACCCUUUGCGUCCUGCUGGAAGAAGGCCUGGGCCUCCCUCCGGCAGAGCCUCACCUGGCAGCGGGCAGCGGCAGGCACCUGAGGACCAAGCGCUGCUCCUGCCUCAACUGGAUGGACAAAGAGUGUGUUUACUUCUGUCACCUUGAUAUUAUCUGGAUCAACACGCCAGGCCACUCCACGCCCUACGGUCUGGGUAAUACACAAAGGCGUCGGAAGAGAUCACUCAGCAGGUGCGAGUGCUCGCAUUCAAAGGACAGCGUCUGUGCGACCUUCUGCCAUGGCAAGCCUUGGGAUUUCAGAAAUCCACAGCUUACCACGAACACGGGACUGCUGGUAAAACUUCUCCAGAGCCGUAGUGCGAAGCCCCGCAAGACAAACUUCUGAAAGUUCUCAGGGCGCCUUGCUCUUUCAAAUGCCUCGUUCACCUGGAAGCAGCAGGACUCGCUGAGGAAUUCCGAACUAGCAGCACUUAAAUGAGGGGAGAUCAUAUGGAAGACAAAGCAAGAAGGGUGGGGGUGCUGUUCGCCUUCACCACGCAGAGUCCUGCCGUUGCAAAGAAUCUCCUACUCUGUGGGAAGUUGAAAGAUUGGAGGACCAUUGGAAGAGAUGGAAAGCAAUCCAUGGAAACAGCUGUUGGAGAAAGGGGCAAGGAACAGUGGAGGCAGUAGCACAGCCCCCUUGGUACAUCAGAGGCGAUCCUAAAGAGACAAUAGCCUCUCCUUUUUACUGCACCUUGGGAAGGUCUGUCCAGCUUGUUGGGACAAGAGAGAUCUUCUUCCUGGAUACCAACAGGAACUCAUAGCAGAUCUCAGUGUAAAGAGCCAGCACUUUGGAGGAAGGCAAAUGCAGUUAUGGACUCGGUCGCCACAUGUGGAUCCUUCCAAACACCCUACCUCAGGACCUUGUCUAGUCUGCUUCUCUUGACUUUAAACAUAGUUUGACUGGUUUUACCGACUGCUCCUUUUAUUCCGGUUGUCGUUGCCUGGCUCACAUCUGCCUCUACUCUCCUGCGCGACACGGAAAGGCGUGCAUUGAAUAGACAUCCCUAUUUCUGGUAAUGAAUUUGCUAAAAGUCUGUUAUUGGUAACAACUCCCCCCCCCCAGUAAGUCAAUUUAGUGUUGCCUAGUGACCAUUGGGACUGGUAUGGCAGGCACCAAGGAAGACAUCAGUAGGUGGAGGGGAGUCAACUAAUUCUACUGUUGUCUCGAUCUUCCUCCUUGCUGAGUUUUACAAGGGCAAAAGGGAGGCUGAGGAAUGGGCAGGCAGGCAGGGCCAGGGUCACCUUCUGGACUGGUUGUAAGAAAGACGACAGGUGGACUUGGAGGAAUCAAUACUGAGAUUGGUGGGGCAGUGUCCCAUUUGUCCUGUUGGAUCAGCCUGUUUUGCAGCCACUGAGCUCUACUCAGUUAAUCUGAAAUCUUGUUCUCAGCAAGUAACUUAAGCCUUGAUGAAGUUGAUGGCUCAGAAAAGUGGGGGGCAGGGGGCGGGGGGUAGGACCAGAAAAGGAUCAGCAAAGCUGGGGUGGAGGCAGGAGUCCAAAAGCACAUCUUCAUUGCACAUUUAAACCAAUUUAGCCAUCACCACCCCAAUUAAGAAGCCCCAGGAAUCAUAGCUGUGUGAGGGAACUGAGCCUUUGGUAGAGAUCAUUAGCCGUUUCACAGAACUACACACGAAGCUGCUCAUGUUGAAUCAGGCCAUUAUUUCAUCCAGCCCUCUGCCAUUGGUGAGUGAAGCCUCUUCAAGGUCUCAGACAGAUAACUUCUGAGUGAUGCUGCUUAAGAUCCUUGAAGUGGAGAGGCCAGGCCUUUGCAACACAUACACUUCACUACGGAGUUGUUGGUUGCCUGUCAAUUUCACUUGCACAGAGAAGAGAAUUGUGUGUCUAUGUGUGAGCCUCCCAGUUCCACUGCUGUUCUUUAAAGACCUUGCACACAACUCUACUAGUUUAAGCAACAUGCCCUGCAUUAUCAAGUUCCACACUGCAAAUGCUGAAAUGGUUAGAAUCACAAAACUUGACUUUUGAAAAGCCCCUUCACUAUAGGCAUGAAACUGAUUGUUAGUUUCAACCUGCCUGUCAAUCUCACAGGACCUUCUCUGGGCUUGGCUCAAAUCGUGCUUAGGUAGCAUUAACAUUCCAAAUGUUUGCAUGAGCUUUCUUGUUUGUAGUUCAGGGAUGCUUGUUCAUUUCAGGGAUGUGGCCCUCCAAAUACUAUUGGACUCCAACUCACAGUGGCCGCUGGGAGUUAAUAGUUAGGGAUGAUGGGAUUUGGAGUCCCAGCAACAUCCAGAGAGCUACUUGAUUUUAGGUGUUAAAAAUAUUUUAACUUGCCUUUCCUUAAAAAUACAACAAAUAACAGUAAAAUACAGUAACAAUAAAACACUAGCAAAAUACAAGUAACAAUAACAGAUCACUGAGAGAAGUAACAGCAGAUAAAGCCAAUAUUUCAGGGAGCUGACUAUUGACUUGGCAGAUCAAAUGCCAUCUGUAAAAGAGAGGUCUUCAUGCAUUGGCAGAAGGCCCUCAAAGAGGAAGAAAGUUGCUCAGACACUCCUCAGAUAUCUAGCCUACUCAGUGGAGUUUCAGUGAAUUUUGUACACAAUGAGGUGGGAACAGUGAAUGGAGAACUCCAUGGAAACUGAGAAUCAAGGUCCAUACACCCCUAACCAAAGGCUCUCUUUAGCCAAAGUCCCCGAGGGUUCUUCUUUGGAGCUGUGAUGGUUUAAACUGGUUUAAAUGUGUCAUACAGAUGUGCCCAUAGUGAGGGCCAGUUACUCAGCCAGAUUGGUGCACUGUAGAACUUGGGUUGAGGGGUUCCACAACAGAGGUCAAAUUCAUGUGCUAAAGUGGUCACAGCAUUGCUUGGCUAUAUGACCAAUUUACUGCUCGGGCAAUCUUUACUCUGUCGCUGCUCAUCUCACAAUCUUUGCUGUGGCACUGUAAAUGGCAGUGGUGGCGGUGGGUUGAAUUAUAAGGCAGACACACAACCAUCUUGGCAUGUCUUAGUUGGCUUGGUUGUGGUGUUUAUGCCCCACGAUAUCCUAUGGAUAUAUUAUGGGUGGGUUAGAAUGCUUCUGACAAGAUUACUUUUAGCAAAGCAUCCUUAGAGGGGGCCCUAUAAACACUGCGUGGUCACUUGAUUUGGCAGUUCAGAUCACAUGAGGAUAAUAUCACUGGUAGGUUGGGGGAUACAUGGUAAGGCAACUGUUACCAUGCUCUCAAAACUGUUUGGAAAUCUGAAGAAGCACAGAUUUCAUUAGAGGCAACUUCCUUUGUAUUCAGUGAAACAACUGGCCUCCUUAUAGUUACGUCAUGGGGGGAGCCUUUGGUCCUCCAGAUGUUGGUGGAUUACAGUUCCUAUCAUCCCUGACCAUGGGGCACAUUGGCUGGUGUCAAUGAGAGUUAGAGUCCAGCAACAUCUGGGGGACCACUGGUUCUCUACCUCUGCGUUAGAGCUGUCAUAUCCCGAGCUUUUAAGAAACCUCCAGUUUGAAUUCAUCCCAAGUUUUUUGAAGUGCAGAAAAUGCAAUGCCAGGAAGAAACGGGUUUAGGCAAGAGAAGGAAAAGCCUUUUCUGCCAGCUUUCUGAAUGAGACAUGUUCUGCCUACAUAUUCAGGGAAACUAUAGGGUAGAUUCUUCUGGAACUUUAGACUCUGGACUGCGGCUUAGUGCUUCUUCCUAUCAAAAAUAAUUAAUUCUUGCAUAUGGAGAACUAGCACAUCUGAGCUAAGUUUCUCCCUGAUGUGCUAGCUUUCUGCACGGGGGACUUUUCAAAAAAUGUAACCCUGUACAUAUAAUAAGAAAAUGACUCCGUCUUAAAACUAUCCCAUAAUCUCCUGCCCCACAAAACAAUCAGAUAAGUGCAUAGUUCUUCUCUUAGUUUGUCUAAUGGACCAGGAUUGGACACAGAUUUAUCAAUGAACAGAUCACUAUAUAUAUAUAUAUUCAGGCAAUUGGUGGCGAGGAUAAAGACAUUCAGUAGACCGUGUCUUUUGGAAUGAUGCAGGUCCCUGCCAAAUGGCUUAAAGUCAAAUAUCAUCAUUGCGUUUCCUUGAUCCUAUGGGAACACAGCAAUUCAGCCCCUGGCUAGUAGAAUCCCCUCUAUGCCUAUAGCACUAGGCACUUUAUUUACUAUGCUCAUGCACUGUAGCUUCUGUUAUACAAAGCAUGGAGAACAAACAAACAAACAAAGCCCGCAUUGAAUUAAUGCAAACGCAUCAGUGCUCCAGAUAAAUGCAUAUUGGGGUUUGCGGUCUGGAUGCUGUAGGCUUAACACAUUAUCGUUAUGGUUUAAAGUCUGUCUGUUGAUGCUGGGAUGUCUGUGUUGUAACCCGAGCAUGAGCAAAAUACUGUUCUUAAAAUAUGCUUCAGAUCUUACGGCGAAGAGGGGUUUGGGAAGCCAGUCUGAUGCAUACGUCACAUGUGAAUCUUUAGAUCACAAUGCAGCGGCAUCUAAAAUAAGAAGAGAUCCAUUUUGUAUUUGCACUCGAGAAGAUUUUGUUUGGCCUCAAAGGAUCUGCUGCUGUCUCGGGAAGUGGGAAUGGUGCGCACAAAGGACAAUGUCAAGCCUUUUCCUGUGCAGUGGUAGAUCGAUGCAAUUUAAGUGACAGGUGAAAAGUUCUGUGUCCGUAACGCAUCUCUGUCUAUGCAAACUCAAUAUGUAGCAUUCCAAUGUUUGGACAUAAAUGUACAUAUAUUUAUUUUUUUAACUUUUUAAGUAUAAAAAGCCCUGUAAAAUACAAACUUUAAGUUGUAAUAAA